AUGCCUCCCCGUCGCCGUGCAGGAAACCCCACCGGGGCGCAAUCGACGCUAUCGUUCGGAUCCCAGGCCCGAGUCACAAAGCCAGUCACCGCACCCUCUACGAAGGCCAAGAUCCUUGACUCGCGCUCAUCGAUAUCCAACAAGUCUACCUCCACCACCCCGGAGCCACAGCUAGCUGUCACCACCGAACCCUCAAAACAACAUGUCGCAGAGCUCGCAGUCCGACAGCAGCCCGCAGCCGAAGUCCAGCCGCCGCAAAAUGAGCAAGACAAGCAGGCACUGAAUUUGAACAAGCAGGAUAUCUGGCGAUACUGGAGGAAUCAGGAACAAAUCCGCAUCGCAUCCCGGGCACACCAACAAGGAAUGGAUGUAGAGGAGAAGAUCCUAAGACAUUUUGAUCUUUCAAGUCAAUAUGGGCCCUGCAUUGGAAUCUCUCGAGCCAAGCGCUGGCACCGCGCACACCAGCUGAAGCUCAACCCACCAAUCGAAGUCCUUGCGGUUCUUCUCAAGGGAAAGGAUACAAAGCAAGAAGCAUACAUAGGCGAACUGCUGUCAUGA